GUCCAUCCAUCCCCCAAUUGUCGCACCGCACAGCAUCUCAACGCAAUAUGACAGUGGCUGAGUCUAUUAAGAGUGCCGUUGGCGCUACAGGCAGCACCACUGCCACUAGACAGGAAAUGUCCGAUGCUCGUAUCCCGCUCGCAUACCGAGAUUCUUGCGCACACCUCCUGAUCCCGUUGAACCGGUGCCGUUACCAAGAGUACUACCUUCCCUGGAAGUGCGAGGACGAGAGGCAUAGCUACGAGAAGUGCCAAUACGAGGAAUUCAAGAAGCGGGUUGCCAAGAUGGAUGAACUCCGAGCUGCAAAGGGCGGUGCUCGAAGCAACUAAAUGAUUGCGGAUUAUGAAACCAUCGGCAGCGAGGAUUCAAGACAGACGGGAGCGGCAGGUUAUGUACAUAAGAACUACGAGACUGCGUGUUCAUGAAGACGAUAUGGCAUUGGGAUUCUCUUGGAGACGUCGCCUGCCAGGAACCAUUUCCAUAUUGAAACCCUGACCCGUUCAAUGCCGGUCUUCUGUCCAUAGCAGUAUCCUGGCAGCCCUGCAUUUUUCUCUUGCUCCCCUUGUUCGGAUAUAACGUGUUGCUCCAGAAGGACUGGCCGACUUCGGUCUGAAGAUACGAAAUAUGUAUUAGACACGCAGGCCGUCACUAUAGUGUGGGGUUCUUACCAACAGCAUGAAGUGGAUUUGUAAGCAGAUGGACUUCUUUUCCC